AGCCGCUUCCGGCGGAAGUGAGCCAAACGGCUGAAGGCUAAUGUGACGUGGGCUGGUUCCCUGUCGCCCCUCGGUCUCCCUUUCCCCCGGCGCCAGGCCCGGAGCCCCGGCGGCGCCAUGCUCGACUUCUUCACUAUCUUCAGCAAGGGAGGCCUGGUGCUCUGGUGCUUCCAAGGGGUGCGGGGCCCCGCGGCGGCGGCCUGCACGGCGCCCGUCAACGCGCUCAUCCGCUCGGUCCUGCUCCAGGAGCGAGGUGGGAGUAACUCUUUCACCCAUGAAGCCCUUACACUGAAAUAUAAACUGGACAAUCAGUUUGAGCUUGUCUUUGUGGUUGGAUUUCAGAAAAUCCUGACUUUAACCUAUGUAGAUAAGUUGAUAGAUGAUGUCCAUAAGGAGUUCCGAGACAAAUAUCGAAAUGAGUUUCAACAGAAGGGAACCCUUGGGAUUCUCAAUGGCACCUUUGAUUUUAAAGAAGAUUUUUUACGUCUCCUACGGGAAGCAGAGGAGAGCAGUAAAGUCCGAGCUCCCACUGCCAUGAAGACAUUUGAACAGUCAGCAAAGUCCCAAAAAACAGUGAAAUCGAUGAUUGAAAGUCGAGGAGAGAAACCAAAAGAGAAAACUAAAAAUAAGAAAAACAAAGGUUUCAAAAAAGAAGCUCCUGGAGGUGAAGCAGUUGCAGCUUCCAAACCAGCCCCGCCUAUCAAGCAGGACCCUGCUGUUGCAGCUGGUGACAGGGAGGAGCUGACAAAGGAUGAGAUCCUGCAAAGAAACCGGGAGGAAUUCUUCAGGAAGUACAUGAAGGGGGGAGAGAAGUCCAACAAGUCCCCAAAGCCUGAUGCUCAGAAGGAUAAGGGGAAGAAGCCCAGAGUAUGGGAUCUGGGGAACUCAAAUGCCAAAAUACUUGAUUAUAGCAACUCCACUACCAAUGGAAAUGCAGACACUUGCUCCAUGGAGGAGUGUGAUGCAGAAAUGAUUGUUGGAGAUCGCAGCCAUGAGCCUGGCAUUCUUCGUGAUAUUGAAUGUGAGAGUGAAGAGGAAAUGGAAGAAGAAGAGAAAGUGUUUCAAAACACUUCAAGCACAAGUGCCAAGAAGGGUGGCCUUGGAGGCAUGUUUGGGAUGCUAAAAGGCCUUGUGGGCUCCAAAAGCUUGACCAGGGAGGACAUGGAGCCUGUGCUGGAAAAGAUGAAGGAUCACCUGAUUGCUAAGAAUGUUGCUGCUGACAUAGCUGUCCAGCUGUGUGAAUCUGUUGCAAAGAAGUUGGAAGGCAAAGUGAUGGGCACCUUUACUACGGUGACCUCAACAGUCAAGCAGGGCCUUCAAGAAUCUCUGGUGCAGAUCCUACAGCCCCAGCGCCGUGUUGAUGUCCUGCGUGAUGUGAUGGAUGCCCAGCAUCACCAUCGGCCCUAUGUCAUUACGUUUUGUGGGGUCAAUGGAGUUGGGAAGUCAACCAACCUGGCCAAGAUUUCCUUUUGGCUCAUCGAAAACGGGUUCAGCGUCCUCAUUGCUGCCUGUGAUACGUUCCGUGCUGGGGCUGUGGAGCAGCUGCGAACUCACACUCGCCGCCUGAACGCUUUGCAUCCUCCAGAGAAUCACAAUGGCCGCAUCAUGGUCCAGCUCUAUGAGAAGGGCUAUGGGAAGGAUGCAGCUGGCAUUGCCAUGGAGGCCAUUCUGUAUGCACGCAACCAAGGUUUUGAUGUCGUCUUGGUGGAUACAGCUGGCCGUAUGCAAGACAAUGCUCCUUUGAUGACAGCUCUAGCUAAACUCAUUGCAGUCAAUACCCCUGACCUUGUACUGUUUGUGGGAGAAGCCUUGGUGGGAAACGAGGCUGUGGAUCAGCUGGUCAAGUUUAACAAGGCCCUCGCUGAUCAUUCCAUGGCUCAGGCCCCACGCCUCAUUGAUGGAAUAGUGCUCACUAAAUUUGACACCAUUGAUGACAAGGUUGGUGCUGCAAUCUCGAUGACAUACAUCACUAGUAAACCAAUUGUAUUUGUGGGUACUGGACAAACCUACUGUGACCUACGUAGCCUUAAUGCCAAGGCUGUGGUUGCUGCUCUCAUGAAGGCCUAACCACCAGUUAUUGCACCAAAUUUCUGUCUGCAGAUAUCUCAGAAUGUGCUUUCCAAUGUGACUGUCUUAGUACUAUUACUUCUUCUUUUGGCCUAGUACAACACAGAAUGAAGGGAUGCUAUAAGGGGCUUUUAUUUUUUUCUUUUAGUUCCAUUAACACAUACCUCUUAAGCAAUGUGCAGGUUUAAUUUUAGUGAGUGCUGGUGUUUACUUCUGUUUCCCUUUUAGAAAUUAGCCACAUGCUCUAAAGUGUUUGGAGGAAAGAAAGUCUUUCUCUCACUGUUGACUCUGCUGCCUAAAACAGCCUGAGUCCGAAUUCGCUUGUCCAGUCAGCCCUCUUUCCUGUCUGCCUUCAUUCUGCUUGCUUCCCACUGGCUGAACCCAGAGCUUUGUACCGUUCAUCCAAAGUUGGUGGGUGUCAUAAAGACUUUGGUGGGGUUGUUGCUCUACCUCUUAAUCUAAAACCUCAUUUGCGCUCAUAGAGCCAUUCUAGAUUAUGUUUUGGUGAUAAAGCCAUUGGCAAACAGGCUGAAGUGUGGAGAGAGCGGCUGCUUUGUGUGAUAAUUAUAGUGAGUCAAGCUUUGACCUUGCAGCACCAAAGCUUUCAGACCCCUCUCCAAGACAAAGCUGGGACCUUACUGCUUCCAGAGGGCAGUGGAGGCGGGAGCUGCUGAUGCCUUAAAAAGGUCCUUCUUUCUAAUGUGAGUAGGACUUUUUCACAGCAGCGCUAGCCAGACAUUGCCCCAGACCAUUGGGUAUGAAAAAGCACAGGGUCUUGUGAGGCUAUUUCUCAUCACAUACCUGCAAACCAAGGGUAUUCCUCUAUUCUAAGUAAUGUCUCUCGCAAUUGAUCAGAGAGCUGCUUAUGUUGCAUUUUUGUGGUACUAAAUACAAGCCAGUGCUCAAAAUCAUUGCACUCGUUGCAUGAAUAUCAGACCCUUUUUGUAUUGGAGUUGUUCAUGGUGAGCACAUGCUGUAAUUUUGCACAAUAAUACUCAAGCUGCAUAGACAGUGUUGAAGCUUGGGCUACACAAUGAAUGCUGCAUACAAAAUCCUUAACCCUUCCCAGCUAAACAAUGACAACAUCCCUGUGGACAUAAAAAUGGCUAUAUGAGUUCAUUUUAAUGCUGAUCACUAUGUGUAUUGAAUCAAGAGUUGGUUAUAAGACUGAAUAACUCCCCUCCCUUGUUAACAGAAUGUUUCCAUCUCACUGCCUCACUUUUCCUACCUGAUCACCAGAUAUCAGAAUAAACCUAGUCCACAGAAGUCUUCAUAUGCUGUCCUACAUGCACUGGUUAGGAAUCCUCUAGUGGGGACAAGGCUGGUGGCUGCCUGCUGCUCCCCACUCCCUUUGGAGUGCCUCUUGAACCGGGUAUAAAGUGCUAUGUUGAAUAAUACAAAACUAUGAGGAUGUCUUGCAGCUUGGUAUUUGCAGAUGUGCUGUAGUGCAAUAAGUUGAAUGCUGUCUGCUAAAAAAGUAAUUUAUAUAAUAAAAUUUCAUUAAGAGAAAAAAAUA